GUAUUGGUGGUAUAGAUGUGUUAAACUCGUUUCACAUUGUCUUGUCAUGAAUGAAGAGAAUAUGAACUCCCCUUAAUGGGUGUGUAUCACAUGGUACUAAACAUGCGCAAUGCGUAUGCGCUUUAGUUGUGACACACGCCCUUCUUGUGAUUUAUAACAUUUAUGGCGUUGUUUUGUUUGGCCUGGUUGGCCGGCUAAAAAUGACAAGAAACAAGAAAACAGUAGAAAAACAAUCAAAUAUAUCGCAAACGAAGCUACUAUUUAAUAAAUAUUAUAAAAGUAUUUUAUCCUAUGAUGACGCAAUAACGGUCUAUUGGAUUUUGGCCUUUUUACGAAUUUUGCUUAAUAUUAUACCACAAACUGGUUAUAUUCAUCCCGACGAGUUUUUUCAGAGUAUCGAAAUUGUGUCAGGGGAUCAUUUUGACAUCGAUGUGUAUAAACCAUGGGAGUAUAAUGUUUCAUUUCCUGUACGGAGUAUUGUGUUUCCUCAACUAACUGUUGGAAUAUCGUAUUUAAUUUAUAAAAUUCUAGCACCUUUUGUCUUCUAUUUAUCUGGAGUAUCGUUGCGAACGCCAUAUUAUCUUCUACUAUUUCCUCGUCUUUUUAUGUGCAGCAUUUCUUUUAUAUCCGACUAUUGUCUUUAUAAAAUUUGUCGAAUAUGGAAUCAACCGUACAAAGCACGUUUGAUAAUUCACGCAAGCUCUUAUAUUACGAUGUGUUAUAUGUCACGCACAUUUUCGAAUUCAAUUGAGCUUACUUUGACGUCUCUACUAUUAUUCUACGUAGCUCGUUGUAUGGAAUUUUCGAAAAGAGUAAUAAUUGAAGACGAUCGUCUCUCAGAGUAUUACGAUGCGGCAAAAACAGGCGCAGAACGUGCAAAAUAUUACAAACUUCGUGCAUCAUUGCCAUUACAUUCACUGAAUGAUUGUUUUAUCAUUGCCACACUAACUAUUCUUGGUAUUUUCAAUCGGCCAACAUUUGUUGCAUUUGCAUUGCCACCAGUAUUUUUUUGGCUAAACCGAGGUCUCGGUUCAAAGAGUAUAGGAUUUUUAGAUUUCCACUUAAGAAUUCUAACAUUCGUUAUCUAUGGAAUUCCAACAGUUUUAGUUUGUAUAUUUAUCGACAGUUUUUACUAUGGUUACUGGACAAUUGGCGAAAUAAUGAAUAUUGAAAUAAGUAUGAAUAAUUUUGUCGUAACGCCUGUUAAUUUCAUCAAAUAUAAUGCAAUUGUCGAAAAUCUCGAACAUCAUGGUUUACAUCCGAGAUUUUUGCAUUUUUUGAUAAAUGUACCAUUGUUAUUUAAUGUUCUUGGAGUGACGGGAAUAUUCCUGUUCUUUAAAAUGCUGUACAGAGUUCUAAAAGGUCGCUGGUUGGAGCUUCCUCGGAUUAAUAAUAUAAAUGGCUUAAUGAUGUCAUCUUUUAUUGUGCCUGUAUUACUAUUAUCGAUAUUUCCUCAUCAGGAGCCACGAUUUAUAAUUCCGAUAUUAUUACCUCUUGUAUUUCUAUUUACACCGUAUUUAAAAACAACUACGGAAAAAGUGCCUACGAAUCAUCAUCAUCAUCAUCAUCAUCAGAAUUAUUAUUCUAGAAAGGAUGUGAAAAAACGGAGAAAUGGUUUGGGAAAAUUGGAGAUAAUUUGGUAUUGUUUUAAUAUUUUGUUCACGAUUUUCUAUGGUUUUUGUCAUCAAGCUGGUGUUUUGCCAUUGACAUCGCAACUUGCAUUUGAAUUGAAAGUGAAACCGCAUUUAACGCAUAUUCAUGUGUUUACCACAUCGACGUAUCCAAUACCAACUGGUCUUUUACAUUUGAGAAAUACACACAGAACGUACGUGAGUGGUGAAAAAUAUAAAUAUAAAUUAAAACAAGAUUUCUAUCUCUAUGAAAUGGGCAAUAAGGAAAUAGCUCAUGUGUAUGAUAGAAUUUUUUCAAUUGUCAAUGAAUGUAGAGAAACAUUAAGGACUAAGAGUACGCCGUGUAGAAUUUAUUAUGCUCUUCCGUUAAAUGUUCUCAGUGAAUUGGAAGACUAUGCAAUCAAAAAUACUAGUCAUAAAUUAAAUUAUACUUUAGUGAAAACAUUUUAUCCUCAUAUAACGACGGAGAAAUUGCCAUUAUUAACGACAUAUUCCACGUGUACAAAUUUAGAUCAAAUUGUCUCUUGUGUUAAGCACCUUGUUCAUAAUAAUGUGAAAAAUUUGUUUAUAUUUUUAUAUCAAUUUCAACUGUUGCUGUUGAAAAUAGAAAACUGACUCAAAA